AGCUGGCUCAUCGUCCGGUUCUGUUUCGGAGAUACUUACCGAAAGGUCUAUCAAGCCGGCUGUUGGCCAUCCAGGGGGCAUCUCCCUUUCUCGUAUAAAUUACGAGUUACCCAUGGAGAUGAUGGUUAUGAUUCACCUUAUCCCGUGCGGCUGGUUCAAAAGGAGCCCAAAAGGAGGUCAACGAGAGUUAGGUUACAGGGAAGACCCGGCCCGUGAUAACUCUACCUUGCUGGAACUAAUUGACUGCCUGGCAUCAUCACUCAGAGACGGUCUUUAGUUAACUACAUAACUACUCCACAGUGCCAAAUUGGCCGGGCACGAGGGCAUUGACAGAAGACCACGAUUAUUACCUAGGAAGACGCAAUUAAUGGCAACUAUUAAUAUUAUUGAAUGGCCGGCGAGCUAUAUAAUAAUAUCACCAGCAAGUCAUGCAGCCAACCUCCACAACCUCUCGGUGGAAUUCUCCAGCCCCACAAAAGGGUAAACGGAUUAAUACUUAGUGAACUAGGAGGGAGGGCCGAAGUGGCGAGUUUCAAUAAAUAAAUACCCACGGGCAACACGUCACCGGGGGAGAUCCAUACUCUAACAGCCUCUCAAGUUCGUAUACGGAGUACAGAGCACCAAUUUUGACAGCAGCCAUGAAAGAAGACGCCCCUAUCCUCUAUCCAAACCAACAGGUUGGAGAGCGUGUUGGUACUUAUUCCAAGGAACACUCGACUGGCAUUCCAAAGCAUAUCAUCGAAUAUCAUGAACAUGUCCGGGAGACAAUGCCGGAUACGGCAAACUACAUGAUUUCCAUCUCCCAGGCGCAGGCCAUGUGCUUUCUUGCAAAGACUGUAGGGGCAAAGAGAAGUGAGCUGCUCCCAUUGUCAGAAAUUGUGAAGUUACUGAGAUGUUGACUGUUUAUCCCAAUGAAGUUCUUGAAGUCGGUGUCUAUGUGGGACUCUCCAGUCUUGUAUGGAGUACCGCCGUUGGUCCUGAGGGCAAGAUAACGGGACUGGAGUUCGACUCUAAUUUCGCUAAAUUGGCUGAGGAGGCCUUUGAGAAGUAUGGCGUCAAAAAUGUAGAAGUUGUUGUGGGAGAUGCCCUCGAGACUCUCCCAGCUCUUACGCCUACCGAGCCAUACGAUAUGAUCUUCAUUGAUGCUCAGAAACGAGGAUACCCAAAGUAUCUGGAGACUAUUCUCAAGUGCUCUCAACCUGGCUCACAGAACCGUCUGCUUCGCCCGGGUGGACUGAUAAUCGGCGACAAUACCCUCAGAUGUGGCUUUGUGGCCGACGAUAGCGAAGAUAACCCCUGGCGCCAGUAUAACUGGGGUGAACACCGCAGAGAGUAUUGGAAGUCGGAGGAUAUUACUUCCCUACGGGCAUAUAACGACGCCAUCUUAAAGUCAGACCGUCUGGAGAAUUGGCUUUGUCCGCUAUGGGAUGGUGUAAACAUCACUCGACUGCUUGAUUAGAUACCGUUAUUACAUUUACGUAUCCUUACCAAUAACCAUUGCCGCAUACCUAUUUCGUGAAUAAUCCAUGGCAAUUCGUUCCCGCAUUACUUUACAAGUUAUGGUAUAGCAGAAUUCAUUUAAAGAGAAAGUUGCUACCAGUUAAAGUAUGAGCGCGAUUAAAAAUGUACCUAUGUAAAGCAUCCCCAUCCCAAUUGAACAUGAGUGUAAGACGAAAACCACCUAUUAUCCCUUCCCAGUAAGAAACCCUAAAGAACCGUAGCAUGCAGAAUCAUCAAGGACUGAACCAGUGCUGGAUGGGCUGAAAAGUAUCAAAGAAAAAAAGCUUAAAGAAGAAGACGAUCGAAUCUGGAACAUCAGCAGGAAUGAAUUACCUGGAAUGAAAGCAAGUUACACCAGGAAGAUGCAAAAGGGGGGUUGGCCGGAUGAGUUAUGUUUGGAAAGCAUUGUUUCUUUCAACAGUCCAGGCCAGUGGCAAGAAGGGGGGAAAAAAUUCAAAAGGACAGAGGGAAGGGGAUAUCAUAAAAUAAACGUCACAGGGGAAGGGUUAAAAUAAAGAGUAAAGAAGCCCGGAUUGAUAUCCAGGGGACAACACCAGGAAGUUGCAAGAUAACGCCAACAUUGGCUGAAAAAAAGAGAUAAGAAACAAGAGAAACCGUAUAAACAACGUAGAGUACAUGUUAUUACUAUUCAUGCCAUAUUGUUUCGCUGCUGCUGCUGCUGCUGCUGC